AUAAGUCUGCAGUGCUCAGAAGUGGUCAUACUAUCUGUCUGUGUGAUUGCUGGUGUAAUAAUAAAGAGUUGUUUAUGUUAGAUUACAAUGUAUACAAACACAUUUGACUACAAUUAAGACGAAGGAAGCCUGGAAGGAAUGUUGACAGAAACACAGAGCAGGAUGCGGAUUGGAAGGAGUGAGGUCACAUGACUGCCUGCAUCACAACACGGAAGUGAAUGUAGACUGAUCACUGAGAAGGGAAACUGCCAGCAGAUCUGGAGUAUUGUAGAUGGUCAUAGAAAGAAACAUGGCAAACACACAGGUCCUUCCACAAGACUUGCACAUGAGCAACAUGCUUAAGGCUGUAAAAAUCAGAGAAAGGACCAAGCAGGACAUGGUGAAGCCCAGCAACGGAAUCAUAAAUCAUUUUAGAACGAUGCACCGAUUCACUAUCGAACUGUUUAUGAUUUGUCACUUUUGCACCAAGUUUCGGGAGAUUCUUCAAAAGAGUCUGUUUGACAGAUCCAUGCAAGUUGCGCUGGAAAGUCACAAAAGGAUAAAUGCAUGUAAAGAAGUGAAGAAGCUUGUCCCUUUGAAAAUAAAUGGUGAUGGAAACUGCUUAAUGCAUGCAACAUCUAUGUACAUGUGGGGUGUGCAGGACACAGAUUUACUGCUGAGAAAGACCCUACAAGAAGUUCUAAGGACAUCAGAUACUCGAAACUUUAAGUUUCGCUGGCAGCUUGAAUCUGUUAAAUCCACAGAGUUUAUACAAACAGGGCUUCGAUAUGAUACGCGGAAUUGGGAUGAUGAAUGGGACCAUAUUGUUAGGAUGGCAUCAACAGAACCCUCAAUGGGCCAAAAUGGACUCCAGUAUAACUGCCUUGAAGAAAUUCAUAUAUUCGUGCUAGUUAACAUCCUUCGGAGACCAAUUAUUGUCCUUUCAGACAAUGUAAUUCGCAGCUUGGAGUCUGGCUCUAGCUUCUCCCCUCUUAAUGUUAGUGGGAUUUACCUACCUCUUCAUUGGCCUGCACAGGAAUGCUAUAAAUACCCUAUAGUUCUUGGCUACGAAAGCCAGCACUUUGCACCUCUUGUCACUAUGACGGACACUGGUCCAGAGAUUCGAGCUGCCCCACUUGUGUUCAACGAGAGUGGGAGAUAUGAAGAUAUGAAAAUUCACUUCUUAACUGAUCAUGAAGAAAAAACCAGAGACAAGCUUCUGAAAGAGUAUUUACAUGUACUGCAGGUACCUGUUCAGUCCUGGGAGCAUGGCACUACCCAUCUAAUAAAUACUGCCAGGCUGGAUGAGAAUAAUUUACCAAAAGAAAUCAACUUGGUAGAAGAUUAUUUUCAGCUAGUGCAACAUGAAUACAAGAGGUGGCAAGAGUUUUCAGAGCAAACAAGCAGGGGCAAUUGCAGUAAACGUAGAUAUGAACUUUGCCUACCUCAGCUGUCUCUUGUGGAAGUAAAAUGUGAAACAGUAAACUGCCCUUUCUACAUGUCUGUGAACACCCAACCUUACUGCCAUGAGUGCUUUGAAAGGAAACAAAAGUCAAGUGACAGGACUAAAGCCCAAGUACACAAGGGUGAAACCACCCCCAACAGAACUGAAUAUUUGGAGCCAUCUUGUCAGAUAACAGAGGAGACCGUGUCUGGCUCUGGCACUGCUCUGGCUACAGCACCAAGUCUUUUUAUCUUUAGUGAAACAAAUGCAAUGAAAUGUAAAACACCUGACUGUCCCUUUACUUUGAAUGUGGAACUCAAUGGAUUGUGUGAGCGCUGCCAUAAUAGCAGGCAAAUUCCGUCUGGUAGCAAGGCAGACAGGACAAGGGACUUGGAUAUAAUUAGGUGCAAUAUUUGUUUCCAGGAUACCACAAGGACUUUUAAUGGUAUUUGCAGCUCUUGCUUUAAAAGGACAACAGAACAAACACACAGGUCGAGUUUCCCAUCUGUAGUUCAUCAGAGGUCUUUCUCUGACCCUAUAAAUCAGUCUGGAAGCCUAGUGAACCUGACAGGUUUGGAGAUAACCAGCAGUAAGAGCCAGGAACCAGCCAUUGGGUCUCAGUCUGGUGCUGUGUAUAAUGCAGAAGAAAGAGCAUCUAACCAAAAGUGCAAGAAGUCUGGCUGCCAGUUUUUCGGGACACUACAAAAUGAAGGAUUUUGCACACUAUGUUUUUUUGAAUUUCAGGAGAAUAGUGGUGGUGCCUCUAGAAGAGGUCACAAAUCAUCGCAAAGCAAUAUCAGUGUAGCUGCAUUUAAAGACAUGAGUCGCUGCCUAGGGCAAGAUUGCAGCACGUUAGGGAGUACAAUGUUUGAAGGAUUCUGUCAAAAGUGUUUCAUUGAAGCCCAGAAUCAGAGAUAUCAUGAAGCUACAAAUCCAGAGCAGCAACUGCAGAGACCAACAGUGAGAUCUGGACAAAAUCACUCUGGUUCCCAUAUGAAGAAAUGUGCUAGGGAUGUCUGCAGGAAUCCAGUAACUGGGAGAAAUGACGAGCUUUGUGCUCAGUGCAAAUACAGAGGCAGCCAUGGCAAGUCAUCUGGAGAAGACACUCCUAAGCUACGGUGUAGGGCACCAGGAUGUGAUCACUAUGGAAAUAACAAGUGCAACGGUUACUGCAAUGAAUGCUACCAAUUCAAACAGAUAUACGGAUAACACUUGGAAAUGGCACAAACCACUAAAACACUCCUUAUAAACUUACUAAAUCUUGAAAGAACUUGCUUCUAAUCACUUUACCAUAAUAUUUAUCAAUACUGUAUUUUUAUUUUUAUUUAUAUGUAUAGCCAUAUAAAUCCCUUUAAUCCCAUGUGUGUGAAAUUUGUUUCUGUGUGUAAUGUUUGAUAUGUAUAUGUAUGAAUAAGAUUUAUUUUUAUAUAUUUUCAAACUAUUUGGGUUGUUUUGUGUGGAUUUUCUGUUAUGUUUGGUUGUAAUUAUAUCUUGAUAAAAUGCUCUUUAUAAUUUUGUACUGUUGUGACAUUACCAGCCCUAAUUUAGUAAAAUCUUGCAAACCAGA